AUGGAGAAGCCCCUGACUGAGGUCUUGAUGUUUGAGGCUUUGCAUCUGGAGCUCGCAGAACAGUGUGCGUCGCUGUUCCAAACGGCCUUGAGUGUACAGAUGACGGUCUACUGUGUCGAGCACGACAUGAGCAAGCUGCUGCAGCUCAGCCUGCAAAGCUCUAGCUCGAAAGAAUGGCAGAUGGAACAUGAUUGGCUGGACUUCUGCAACUUGAUGGAGAGGUGGCUUUCCGCGAUGCCGAAGCGCAAACGCAGUGUGCGCAGUGAUACCGUCCUUGCUCAGGAGAAGGGCUUCAGCUUUGCUGGUCGUCCAGCUUCUCGUUGCAUGCUUCACGCCAUGCAGGUUUGUCUGGAGACCUUCGGGGAGGCAUCUCAACAGGCCUUGAAUCAGAUAUCUGAUAUUAUGGGGCGUGAUUUCCUGGCCAAUGAGUACACUAAGCUGAUGGCAUUGUGUUCGGCUUGUCGGAGAUGGUCUUUAGAAGAUUCGCUGCCGGCCACACGCCUUCUGACCUUCGUUUUGCGCCAGCUGCAGAUGAGCUUGGCCGUUUCGGCUUCGGAUGGGCGCACUGGCGCUGUGCGACACGAUUUGGAGAUCAAAGUCUGCAGCGAGUGCGAGUCAUGUGGUUUCGUUUGCGACAAGUGCCGAAAAGCUUCCAAGUCUUCGACCGGGAAAUCUAUGGGUCUUAGCUUUUUGGCCAUUGCAUUGCAGAAAGCGCGACUACGUGCCUGGUUGUCCCGCGAGGUCUCCCUGCUGAAUGUUUCUUUCGAGAAAAGAAACGCUGUUGUGCAGGACAUCCAGAACGCAGAUUUGCCGCAAGAGGUCAAGGAAGCUGAGUCAGCGCCAUGGAAGAAUAUUUUGGGGUCCGGCUAUGAUGCCGAGAUUAGGUCUGGCAACAUGGUGAAUGUGCGCGCGAAAGUCCUUGGCCUAAUGCAAGAACUGCUGGCGGCACACGGGCUCCAAGGAGCGUUUGGCAACAAGCUCGGGUCUCAAGCGGAAGAAGCUGAGCAGGAGAAGCAGCGCUGGCUGCAGAAGGCCUCUUGUCACCGGUCUAAGCACGUGAAGUUCGUGGUGCUCAACAAAGCGGCCCCGACAAAGGCAGAUUACGACGCCUGCAUGGAAGAUUUGCUUCCGGAAUGCGCCGCGCCAGGCGAGCUGAACAAGCAACACCGCUUGUUCGUUCUUCAAGUGGAGCAUCUACAGGAAGCAGCAAGGACUCAGGCCUCUUUGCAUGCCGAGUUGAAGGAACUGGUGCGAUUUGGCAUGGCCUGUUGUGCUGGUUCUGGAGAUCUGCUGCUGGUCUCAGACAGUGGAGACGAGGCCUCUCGGCAGAAAAUCCUCCAGGAAAUGGAGGUUUGCAAGAGGUUUGGCAAUGUGGGAGGCAUCACGGUGGUCUGGACUCGGCCUCCACGUGCUGUGCGUCAGGUCUUCGGCUGCACGCAGCAGGUCUCGAACAUGAUACUUUAUUGCAGGUCUCCUCGAGUCAAGGUCUCAGCAGUGCCGCGGCAGGCUGAAGUCACUCUUUGGGGCCAACGUGCCAAGGACCCCUACUGCUUCAAGGAGAAUUGCCUCUCGUCAACAACUUUGGUCGGUGUGGAGCCUAUGACGCCAAACCAGCUGCCUCUAAUCAGCCCAGAGGAGAAGAAUCAAAUCAGAGGCAGUCUGGAGGCCUCGAUUCCGUGCCGGUGGGAUGGUGUUGAUGUGCCACUUCACUUUGGCGAGCAUUUGCCGGCCUCUGCGUGGUCUGCGAUUCUGCGCAUGACUCGGAGUGUGGCAGUUGUGGACCUCAGUGCCUUGGCCCUUGCAGACACUGUCUCCAAAGUUUUUUCUGACGACGUCGUCAUCAGUUAG